UCGCUCCUCAGAGCAGAAAUAAGAGCUUUGGGACGGCCGUCAAUAUGGCGGCGCACCGGACUUCCGCACCGGAGAACCGGAAUUGUCUUAAAAGUCUCUUAAUUGUCAUUUCCUCAACUUCCGGUUCUCCGGAAGUCCGGUUAUUUUAAAACCAGACACAUCAGUCCUGUACACUCCUGUUGUAACUCUCUUUUCUUAAACUGGCGUUGACCUCUGACCUCUUUAAAAAGGGACUUAAUUGACUGGUGGAUUCAAACCCAUCAGGCUCUUUAUAAGCACCGUAUUGUGUUUGUUCGGCUGACAUAUGUCAGCUAAUCCAACGUUAUCGAGUAAUUCAGUGCAUAUAAAAAUGACAUUAAGACUCCAUAAUGCUCCGUGGACGCCUUCAACCAGCAGCGUUGAGCUGUGAUCCUCAAACCCAUCAUUGUGCCGCUGAAUCCCUGCUUCAUCACUCAGGAGCAGCUGUAAACCCGCCAAUCAUGGAAAGUGUAGUCUUAACAGGAUAUUAGACUGAAUUAUUGUCCCCACAAUCCGGAUCCACGGAUUUUGGUUUUUCAUUAAUUAGAUUUCACAGAGCCUCCCCUCCUCUCGUCGGGCUUAUUAAGGAAGGUGUGAUCUCUUCUCAGAGCAGAGCAGCAAACAUGCAGCAUUAACACAGCAGAGGUGUUCCUAUUGUUGGAUUACCACACUUAUUUUUUUCUUUUCUUUUGUGAAACUGUCGUUUUUUACUAGAUUCUGGAGUUUGAGGUAGUAGAUAAACCGCUGACUCUUAUAUUCUAAUACCAGUGAAGCUUCUGAGCAAGGAUGGAGCGCCUCCCUCUGCACCAUGGAAACUCCUCGGCCAACGCAGAGCUCCUGUCUCGGACCGGCUACACCGUGCUGGCCGUGAUCAUGGGCACGUUCUCCGUGGCCGGGAUCCUCCUCAACGUCCUGGUGAUCGUGGUGACGGUGAGACACAGACAGCUGAGGCAGCCGCUCAGCUACGCCCUGGUGAACCUGGCCGUCUGUGACCUUGGCUGUGCCGUGUGUGGAGGUCUGCCCACCACGGUCACCAGCGCCAUGGGGUACUUCAGCCUGGGACGUGCGGGCUGCGUGUUGGAGGGCUUUGCUGUCUCCUUUUUCGGUAUAGCGAGUCUGUGUACAAUCGGAGUCAUUUCUGUUGAACGCUACAUCGUGGUGUGCUAUCCCAUGGGGGCGGUCCUGUUCCAGACCAGACACGCUGUAGCAGGAGUGGUGCUGUCCUGGGUCUGGUCCUUCGUGUGGAACACUCCGCCUCUGUUCGGUUGGGGAAGCUACGAGCUGGAGGGCGUCAAGACCUCCUGCGCCCCGAACUGGUACAGCCGGGACGUGGGGAACAUGUCGUACAUCAUCAUGUACUUCUGCCUCUGCUUUGCUGUGCCCUUCUCCAUCAUCUUGGUGUCUUACUCGCGACUCCUUUGGACUCUACGCCAGGUGACCAAGCUGCAGAUAUCCAGAUAUGCGAGCACGCACCGUGUGGAGGCGCAGGUGGCGCGUAUGAUCGUGGUGAUGGUGCUGGCCUUCCUGGUGACCUGGCUGCCAUAUGCUGUCAUGGCCCUCGCGGUCAUCAUGGACUCCAGUUUAUAUAUCGACCCCGUCGUCGCCACCAUACCGGUUUACUUGGCUAAAAGCAGCACCGUCUACAACCCCAUCAUCUAUAUCUUCAUGAACAGACAGUUUCGGGGAUACGCUAUUCCCACGGUCCUGUGUGGAUGGAACCCGUGGGCGUCACAUCCACAGACGCCCGAGGACGAGACCACGGUUGCCUCGAUAAUGAAGAGCCAGAGAGUCUCACCUAAAGGAUCUUUAAAUGAAUGAAGUGUGUACUCACUCCCGACCAUUUACUUUCAUCCAAUAGGCAACCCCCUCUGCACCGGACGGCGAAGACAACUUUAAGAGUCUAAAGUGACAAAACACAGAAUGAUAUUGAUGCCACAAAUGAGGAUGCUGUACAAAUCAUGUAUCAUUAACAAACAACAUUAAAGCAGCUGUGAGAAAGAAGAAGGAAACCAUUAUCAUACAAGACUCAUGUGUUCAAACGUCUCUUCCUGCCGAGGCUGUCCCAACGUUUUAUAUAUUCUGACAAUAAAGAC